AAACUGAAUGCUAUGGUGGCAGAGAAGAAGGCAAGCCUAGCUCCUGUUAUCAAAGAACUGAGACAGUUGCGUCAAAAGUGCCAAGAAUUAACUCAAGAAUGUGAUGAAAAAAAGAUCCAAUACGACAGUUGUGCAGCAGGGUUAGAGAGCAAUCGCUCUACACUGGAACAGGAAGUGAAAGGACUUCUUGAGGAGUGCGUUCAGGAAGAAAGCAACUACCGUUAUAUUAACUGCAUGAAAAGGAACCUAGAAAUACAGCUGCAGCGUGCUAAAGAAGAAAUGAAGGCAUACAUCUCCCCAGACCCCCAGGAAAGACGAAAGGCAAUUCGAGAACAGUAUACACGAAUGAUUCUGGAACAAGAAAACCUCGGGAAGAAAUUACGAGAGAAGCAGAAAGUUGUACGGGAAAGUCACGGGCCAAAUAUGAAGCAAAUUAAAAUGUGGCAGGACUUUGAGCAGUUAAUGGAAUGUAAGAGAGAAUGUUUUCUGAAACAGCAAAAUCAAAAGGCCAUUGGUCAAGUCAUUCAAGAAGGAGGCAAAGAUAGGCUUGUGUUGUGAAUGCUUCCUUCUCGAUACCAACGUAAAGUAGGGAGACAGUGUGUUGUCUUCCUAAAGGUAACCUCUUACUAGAUAUUGUUGCUUUCAUCAUUUCUACAUAAAUUUUUUGUGCGUUAUUUGGUUUUGGUGGAUAAACAAAGAGAGCGACUAACCACUACGAAGCUUUUCCUCCAUUGUUUAAGGGACAACGUAACGUGGUUAGGAGGAUCUGUUGUGAGAGCUGUGCUAGGGUGAACCUCAUCGUAAAUCUUUGUUUUAUGAGGCUGGGAAUGGCAUGCAUCUGCAGGGAGAUCAAAGGAAAAGAAAUCCUUCUCCGGGGUCACAGAAAACUUACGUAAUUGCUCUGCUCCUUAUUCUGUAUCACUAAGGUUAUAUUUUUGCAAGGCCUGGGACUUGAUAUUGUGUAAUUAUGGCCCUCCUGGCUUGGCCCUCUCCUUCCCUAUUGUCUUUAUUCAUCUAGUGUGACUGGCAAGAAUGGAGCCAUUUUCACUCUGAGCUGCACAGACCUUGCCUGCACACUGCUAGUCAUACUUUCCUUGCACGGUUGAGUUAAAUUGAUUGUGCUUCCAGGAGACAGCUCAUUGCUACAGCGUCAGGAGUAGCUUCUGAGAACAAUUACUUGGAAUCUGAGCUUUUUCCAUUAUCUUUUGUUGUUGUUUUUAACAAACGUAUUUCUCUUGCACAUAUAUCUUCUUCUAAUUUUUCCGAGUUGCCCGCGUGGAAGUGUAAAUGGUGGUCGACUAAAGGCUUCCUCCACCGAGGACACUUUGUGCUGUCUGCUCUGUGCAGCACGGUUCCAAAGUGAUUACACUACCCAGAAAGGGUCGUCCCAGGGAUGGAGGGUUAUUGAUGGAUGUAAAUAUGGCACAGUGGUUCUUGCAUAAGUUAGGGUAUGCAGAACAGGUAGAUAGGCAAGGCUGCCUUCUACUCUGGCUUUGACCCGUGAGCCACAGGCAACUGUCACUGCCCUUAACACUGCAUCACGAGACCCGCAGCUGACCCAGGGUUAGAGGAAUGUAGGUGAGGCUUGAAACUGUCCCUCACGCUUCAUCAUUUCGGAUGAGCGCCUCUUAGCCACAAUCAAAGAUCAGCAGCAGAGAGAUAAGUCUGCGGGACCAGAACUCUUGCUAUUCUUCUUUAGUCUCUUGGCUUAUUGAAUUU